CUCGCCAUAGAGGACUGCGGGAGUCAGGAGACUUGGAUGGAGAAGCCCCAAAGUGAGCGUCCUGGCCGCUGGGUGAAAGCCAAGUCUCGGUCUGGAGAGUGCGCGACCAAAGCCAGGAAUCGGGAGGCCUCCAGACCAGUAGAGUGGAGAGAAGGCCAGCUGCAGGAAGGGAGACUCCCCUGUUGAGAGGCCUGAUGGGAGAAGUAGGGGAGCCGCUAGCACGCCUUUGAUGCAGGCUGCGAUGAAUGGAAACGUUGAAGCUCUUCAGUUGCUCUUGAUGCGUGGCGCAGACACGGCAAUAAAAGACUGGAUGGGCCGCACUGCCAGCGACUAUGCACAGAUGAACAAACAAGAUGAAUGUCUCCAGCUUAUUAUGGACCACGAGAGAGAGAGCGGGUUUCCCAGCUCCUGCAGUCUGAUCAGGAGUCCAGCUCAAGAGCAAAAGGCAAGUCCAGCAAAAGGCAAAAAAAUGGAAAUGGAAAAUGAAUCAAAUGAACAAGUGGAACUAAGCAGAAGCAACCUGGAGCUGGAAAUGAAAAAGGAACUGGUAAAACGUCGAAAGGAGUCAAGACUAAGGGAGACGGCUGAAAUAGUAGGCAGCUCUGAUCGCUCGCUGAACAAAAGCCAGCACUGCAAUAAUCCCUUGGAGAAGGAAAACCAACAUCUGCAAGAAAAGACCCAGCAUCUGAAACAAAAGCUUGUUGAAUCUGAAGAGCAGCGUAUCAGGGCAGAAAGUACAAUCCAAGCUUUGAAAAUAGCCCUCGAUGAAAAGGAAGAGGAGAUGAUGGCUUUCCCAAGUUCAAGCAGAGGAACUGAAGAUGUCUGGAGACUGGAGCUUCAACUACAAAAACUGGAAGCAGCCGAAAGAAAAUACUCCAGGAUGGCGGAGAUGCUUCAGUUGAAAGUGGAGGAGUCUGAAGUGCUAGAAAAAUGGAAGCAGCGAGUCACUCAGCUGGAGGCUAAAAUUCAAGAACUCAACCAAGCUGUGAUCACAAGAGACAAGAACCUGAUGAGUGCCUCUCAUGACCAGCCCUUGAUCUCAACUGCCAUUGAAGACCGGCUAAUGAAGCUGGAAGACCUUAUCACCAGGCAUGAAAUGAGCAAUAAAAAGCCACAGAAAAGAGCAGAAAAUCUGCAGCCUGAGAUGUAGGACCUCUUAUGAAGAUGAGAGUCCAAUGUAUAACUGAUUCCAGGAGGAAAAGGUGGUCCAGGAGAGCAGAAAAUGAAAGUGUCAUGAGAGGUGGAAUGGCUGUCAAUCAUCUAUUCUACAGAAGGAAGAAGAGAGAAGGCAUUAGGAUACAGCGCCAACUCCUGGAUCGGUGGGUCUCCUGGUAGGGCACGAUCCCCA